ACGCUGGCAUCAGACAGAAGGCCACGGACUAGAAUUGGAAUAAGAGACGAUUCAACAAGUCGCUGAAUUAUCGUUCAUGACUACCAAACCCAAACACCAUGCCCAGACACGGCAACGUACAUGACCCAAGUUGACCCCUCUCAGAGAUGGGCGAUCGAAACUGACCACUCCAAGCCAUGCGGUUUAGGGUUCUAUUCAAGGUUUUCAAGAACUUAAGGGGACGUCAGCCGUGUCUACAACUUCGCAGUCUCUAUAACCUGGGCGUGUUCUCCGCCCUUGCUGUCGUCAUCAUUGUUUACAUUCUACUGUGGGACCAGGAACAAAUCAAGCAGCUCAGGGUGUUAACGGCCGGUUGGAAUUUCACUUCCUCUGACGUCACGCUCACCUACUGUCAAAAGAGAAGACAGUUUUCAAACCAAACUAACGGGCUAGGUGACGUACACGAAUCAACGAAACGCAGGCAAGGUCAACAAUGUAUUCAUCCAGAACUGAAUCCUUGCGACCCAACGAUUGUACAAUUCGAUUACACGCUUGAAAAUAUCAGCUGUUCAGCCGCAGAAGAGAACUGGGUCUAUGUGGAUAAUGGGACAUUCAGGAUAUCAAAAGAAGCGAAGAAAAAAUACGGCCUAAUUACUUGUGAGUACGCUCCCCUGAUCAGGGCAAAAGGCGAUUUUACAGUGAUGCUGGGAGAACACAUUAAACCUAUGUUGGAUGGCACCCCCUUGGUCUCUGAUUUUUUUAAGGUUGCCUGUAUCUCUCCAUCUGGGAAACGCUACCAUAGUGUACAUGCAGGUGUUGCCUUCAAUGCCACCCUUCACUCAAAGUACAAGCAUGUUGUCAGCAAGAACAGAAUCAUGGGCUAUGAUGUUCUUAUGUUUGGAUUUGACUCGACAUCCAGGAUGUCUUGGUUGAGGAACCUACCAAAGACCAGAGACUACUUCAUCAACACUUUAGGAGGUCUGGAAUUAGAGGGUUACAACAUUGCAGGUGAUGGGACAGUUCAGGCUUUACUCCCAAUCCUUGCUGGGAACAUGGAAGCUGACCUUCAUCAAGCAAGAAGAGGUUUCAUGGGGGCCUCGGAGGUGGAUGACUUCCCUUGGAUAUGGAAACAGUUUCAUGACUCAGGCUAUGUAACAGCUUGGGGGGAGGACAUGUCACAUACUGGCACUUUUCAACUUCGCCUGAAAGGUUUCAAACAGCAACCCACUGACCACUCAAUGAGAACGUAUUUCCUGUCUGCUGAACCCAUGUAUUCAAAAUUCCUUCCCUGGUGCAUUGGCUCAGAGCGGCGCCAAGACCGGUUCUUUAACUGGUUCAGAGAUGUCUUCCACAUGUAUCAGAUGAAACCAAAGUUUGUCUUUGGGUUCCAUUCAGAGUAUAGCCAUUCGGACAAUAAUAACUUAAAACAGAUGGACCAAACUUUAUUAGACUUCCUCACCCAUCUGCAGUCUAACUCUUAUCUAGACAAUGCUAUACUCAUCUUAAUGGCAGACCAUGGUGCCAGGUUCAGUAACAUCAGGACGACGCCACAAGGGAAGAUAGAAGAACGAAUGCCUUACUUUUCUUUUAGGUUUCCACCCUCGUUUAAACAACGCUUCCCGCAAGAGUUAGAACAUUUCAAAACCAACCUGAAGAGGCUUACAGGCCCUUUUGAUAUUCAUGAAACAUUCCACCAUAUGCUAGAUUUAGAUAGCCCACCUAAAGAUCACACGCUUAAGAGGGGUAUGAGCUUGUUCCGGGAGGUGCCCAAAUCUAGAACCUGCGCUGAAGCUGGGAUUGAGACUCACUGGUGCGCAUGCUUGAACUGGCAAACAGUUGAUCAACAGGAAACCAUACAAAAACUCAGCAAUGUUGUUAUCAAAGCCAUCAAUGACAUGCUGUCUAAGGUCAAAAGUCAGUGUGCACUACUCGAAGUCAAGGCCGUGUCACAAGUUCUUCAGAUAGAGGUCAACAAAGACAUGCUGAAGUUUAGGAAGAGUCUGGACAUCCACGGUGACAAGCCGGACCUGAGCGACUCCAUGACCUCUGAGUUUGAGUACUUUCAGAUCACCCUGGAGACGACCCCUGGAGGGGGUCUCUUUGAGGCCACGGUAGAACAUUCCUUGCUGAGCCAUGAGAUGAAGGUCAGUGAAAAGCAGAUCAGUCGCAUCAACAAGUAUGGUGAUGCACCCAAGUGUAUUGAGAAAACCUUCCCCCACUUGAGGCCUUAUUGUGUUUGUCUGAAGUAAUUGAUGAUUUGUCUUAUAUCUGGAUGAGAGUAUGUUAUAUUUAUUACAUUAUUAUUUUAUUUAUUUGGAUAGUUUAAAUAAAAAUCACACUAAUGUAUAAGUAGCCUAUGUAUAUAUCAAUACAGGUGUUUAUAUUGAUAAAUAAAUUUAUAUAUAUUUAUUUACUUAUCACAUUCACGUAAGCUACACAUAUUAUGCCAGUCACCUAAACAUCUUAUAAGAUACAGGGGGGAGCGCAUAAUUCCACCACUAAUGAUACACUACAAAAUCUCUAGCACUUGACUCCAGACAUACCACGACUACAUCGCUUGAAAAAUUGCUCCUUAAACUUGUAUUUUUUUUUGUAUACUGCUUCUGAUAAACCAAAGAUUCGUUGCAACACUUUUGGUUCAUAUUAUUUUAUGGAAAUGCAUUAAAUAUUUUCCUGUAUAUAAAUAUGUCUUUCAUUUGAUGAUUUUUAAGUGAACAUCCUUUGAAAGCUGUUAAACAUUAAUUAAUGACAAAUUUUUUCCUGAUUUAAGAUUUUUAUGAAACAUGAUAUGGUUCUCAAUAUUUUUGUCAAUUAAUAUUAAAGUAUUUUCAUUUUCUAAAAGAUGUAGUUAUUUCUUUAUUUACAAGUUAUUAAAAAUUCUCCAUUUCCUGUUGUAAAAUAACUAUCAUGACAUGAUUUACAGUAACAGGUUUUUUUCUUGACUUUGUUUGAGCUAUUUGCCAGUGCAUUAAUUUCUAUUUUGUUUAAAUAUUUAACUCCUAUGUUUUUCAUUGAAUGUUUAACAUUUGAAUGAGGGUGAUUGUUGAACAUUAUUUUGAAAAAAUUGGAAACGUACAAAUAUUUUAGGGUAAAUAUAAAACAUUGCUUGGUAUAGAAAUGAGGCUCCACACUGAUAAGUAAGUCUAAUUAGUUAUUCUUUUGAAUUCAUUUGUUCAACAAAAUGUUAAAAAAAAAAUAUUACUAACACAUGUAGAUCAAUUUUGACAAUCGUAGUGUGUUUCUUUUAUGGUGACAAAAUAUUAAGUUAUAACUAUUGAGUAAGAUUGUGUGUGUAUUAAAGCUAAAUUAUUUUGAUGGGAUGAAAGAUAUAUUUUUGUUGGCUAAAAACCAAAUGUCUUACAUUAAGAUAUUUGUAAAUCUUUUUGAAGAGAAUGAUUCAAUUGACCACCCUUUUGAUUACAAUUAUAUGCGCCUGUGUUCUCAAUAAAAUGAAAGCAUUCAUGUGAUGAUUCAUUUUUGC